UGGAUGACACGAAGAUUAGAUUAAACUAAAAAACAAUUGAUGCGGAAACGUGGCGGUUAGUCUAUAUAUCGAGUGAAAACAUAAAAUAUCUCGGAGCGAGAAUGGGCGCAUCAUCGUCGACAGAGCAGGUGCCGUCGGAGCAGCUGGAGGCGGAGAGCUUAGCAGCCUCCACAGGUUCUCUAACGCUUCUCCAGAAUGCGUUUUCUAAACUCUCCGAUCCCCAAACCCACUCCAUCUCCCCUUCUUCUCUCCAGCAAAUCUUUGGUAUACAUAUUGAGAAGCUUAAUUAUGAAGCGGUGGCAGCUCCUGUUGGAUUUGCUGAGUUGCUGAACCAUAUAGGUUCAUCUAUAUUAGACCUUUUUUUCUUGGCUGAUAAAGGAGGGAUCAAUUGGAUUGAGUUCUUGAGAGGAUACACAAAAUGUUGUGGAAGAACAAGUGCGUCGAAUUCUCUCACUACAUUAUGCAGGGUGUUUGCUAUGGCAGCUGAGAAGGCGGGGCUGUCUCUCAAAUUAAAAUUCGAAUUUGAUGAUUCUGAUUGUAAGAUGACGGGAUCGUUGUUAGCUUCUGAUUUGUCGAUGCUUCUUUGGGUUUGCUGGCUCAUGUCAUGGCAUCACAGGAAUCAUCGUUCCCAACAGAAAGCUGAUCACGUAAUUCCGGACCUAAAUCAUUUAGUUUUAUCGGCUGUGGAAUCGUGCAAUGAUGUUGGGAGUAACAUUGAAAAGUUUAAUAUAAUGGAGUUUAAUGGAGAACUUCCAGCAGGAAAAAUCCAUAUGUGGGCUUUAAGAACAGUGCCAUUUCUUGCGGAUUCGUUUGGCCAAUUUUUACAUGCCAAAUUGCUUCAAGUUGUCUCUCACGAGGAAAAUUUGGAGACAUCUGGCCCAUCCGUUGGUGAUGUCGCCUCAACUAAGUGUAACGCUUGCCUCCUGACCCCAGGAAGGGCCUGGGCUGUAUCCCUUAACCUAAGAAGUACUUUGCAUGAGGACAUUGUAAAGACGUGCUUUCCUAAUCAUGUCUAUGAAAGAGAUGAAAAUUUGCUUUAUAGGUCGGGUCUUCAUGGUAGAGGUUUGAACAGGUUCUGGGCAAAUGUUGAAGGAUAUAAAGGUCCCUUGCUCAUGUUGAUUGCUGCUAGUUCUGGAGAUGCUCACGAGGGUAGUGAAGAUUCUAAAGAAUGGAUUAUUGGUGCACUUACUGAUCAGGGAUUUGAAAAUAAAAAUACUUUUUAUGGAACCUCUUGUAGUUUAUAUGCUUUAGGUCCUAUUUUUCAUACAUUUUCAUCUUCUGGAAAAGAAAAGAAUUGUAUAUAUAGCCACUUGCAGCCUGCUGGUAGAUCAUAUGAACCUUACCCAAAGCCUAUUGGAAUUGGUUUCGGAGGAACCAUUGGAAAUAAUAGAAUAUUUUUGGAUGAAGAUUUUGCAAAAGUUACCUUGAACCAUCAUGCAGUUGACAAGACUUACCAGCCAGGUUCUCUCUGUCCCGGUCAGGGGUAUCUAGCUCUCCAAGCAUCAGUUUUAGAUGUGGAGGUGUGGGGGCUAGGGGGAAGAUCAGCCAAGGAAGUCCAAAAUGCAAAUAAAAAGAGAGAAGACCUUUUUACUGAACAAAGGAGAACGAUUGACCUGAAAACAUUUAGUAACUGGGAAGACUCGCCUGAGAAAAUGAUGAUGGACAUGAUGAGUAAUCCUAAUAGCGUCCGAAGGGAAGAACGUUAACCUAGGUUUCAGUGGGUGUUAAGUGAUAUAUGUUCAUAAAUGCUAUAUAUUUGCAGUAACUAGUUGUGACCCUAUUAUAUAUUGAGUUGGUAUAGCUAAUGUGAAUUGGCAUGUUUCUCAGAUGUAAGUUGUAUCACUGUUAUAUCUUUACUUGAUGCUUGUCAUAUAUUUGAUUUCACGUACUUGAAGAAAAAAAAUUGAUUAAGUUUUUGAAA